AUGGGAUGUAUAAAAUCAAAAAGGAAAGAGAGCCUGCAUGGAGAUGGGCUAGAUUUGAAGAACCAACCAGUACGUAAAACUGAACGAACUAUUUAUGUGAGGGAUCCAACGUCCAAUAAACAGCCAAGGCCAUCCAACCCCCCUGCACCCAGCUCUUACCAGGACAGAGGUUUGUCACUGAAGGUAGACUCAGAGGAGCCUGGAGUCAUUGUGGUAGCUUUGUAUCCCUAUGAUGGCAUUCAUCAAGAUGACUUGUCCUUCAAAAAAGGAGAAAAGAUGAAAGUAAUUGAGGAGCAGGGAGAAUGGUGGAGGGCAAAAUCUCUCAGCACCAGGAAGGAAGGCUUCAUUCCCAGCAACUAUGUAGCAAAAGUAAACACUCUGGAAACAGAAGAGUGGUUCUUCAAAGACAUAACCAGAAAAGAUGCUGAAAGACAGCUGCUGGCUCCUGGCAAUAGUCCUGGAGCUUUCCUUAUCAGAGAAAGUGAAACAUUAAAAGGCAGCUAUUCUCUCUCCAUAAGAGACUAUGAUCCACAGCAUGGUGAUGUUAUUAAGCACUACAAAAUUAGGAGCCUAGACAACGGAGGGUUUUACAUCUCUCCAAGAAUAACCUUCCCCAACAUCAAUGAUAUGAUCAAACAUUAUCAAAAGCAAUCAGAUGGCUUGUGCAGAAAGUUGGAAAAAGCUUGCAUCAGCCCCAAGCCUCAAAAACCAUGGGAUAAAGAUGCAUGGGAAAUUCCACGGGAAUCCAUCAAAUUAGUGAAGAAGCUUGGAGCUGGUCAGUUUGGAGAGGUCUGGAUGGGUUACUACCAUAACAGCACAAAAGUGGCAGUGAAGACUCUGAAGCCUGGAACAAUGUCUGUGCAAGCCUUCCUGGAGGAAGCCAACCUGAUGAAAACACUCCAGCACGACAAGCUUGUCAGGCUUUAUGCUGUAGUUACCAAAGAAGAACCUAUUUAUAUUAUAACAGAAUUCAUGGCAAAAGGGAGUUUGCUGGAUUUCCUGAAGAGUGAUGAAGGAAGUAAAUUGCUGCUUCCCAAGCUAAUUGACUUCUCUGCUCAGAUUGCAGAAGGCAUGGCGUACAUAGAAAGAAAAAAUUACAUCCACCGAGAUCUGAGAGCAGCAAACGUUCUGGUUUCGGACCUACUGAUGUGCAAGAUUGCUGAUUUUGGGCUGGCCAGAGUCAUUGAAGACAAUGAAUACACAGCUAGGGAAGGUGCCAAGUUCCCUAUUAAAUGGACAGCACCAGAGGCAAUCAACUAUGGAUCUUUUACUAUUAAAUCUGAUGUGUGGUCAUUUGGGAUUCUCCUGUAUGAAAUUGUCACAUAUGGAAAGAUUCCUUAUCCAGGGAUGAGCAAUUCAGACGUGAUGGUUGCCCUUCAGCGUGGGUACCGGAUGCCACGCAUGGAAGCCUGUCCAGCUGAGCUUUAUGAGAUCAUGAAAACCUGCUGGAAAGACAAAGCAGAAGAGAGGCCAACAUUUGAUUAUCUGCAGAGCGUGCUUGAUGACUUCUACACAGCAACAGAAGGGCAGUAUCAACAACAGCCAUAGAACAAAGACAACUUUUUCUAUUGCCAUAGCUCAUUGCCACAGACUCUCAUUGGGACAGACUGCUCAAGCCAAUUAC